GGGAUCUCCUUUCCGAGUUCAUGCGAGAUCACUGCGGAAGACGAUGAGCAGGCUUUGAUGGACAAGUUUACUGCACUCGAACCGACGCGGCUUUAUUCAUCCUCGACGUCGGCACAAAAUAAGAGGGCAAACAGAGCGCAAACGAUUUCUCGAUGGAUCGGCAAGUUGCCUGUCGAUAUUCACUUACUUGUCCUUAACCACCUCCCCAUCCCCGACAUCCCUGCCUAUGCUCGAGCAUCGCGGGCAACCGCUGGUCUAUCUCGCGAUGAGAAAGUAUGGGAAAGAAGAUGGAACGAUCUAGCUAUUACUCGACAUGCCCUGGAUGACACGUUAGACGACCUUGAAUCCAAGCAAAAGCCCAAGGCUGGCACUCGUUCCCGUUCGCCUCCUACGAUACCUGUAGAUUCUCUUGAUGAUGACUUCGGAGAAUUCACGUCUGCCCCACGCACAUCAGCUGUCCCAUCUCUCUCUGCUGCAUUCACGUCAUUCGCGCUCACAGACGCAUCUCCGGGAAAACAGACUUUCCGCGCUCGCUAUACACGCGCCCAUUUAAUUCUUAAGAAAUGCUUGGCUCCUCUGAAGGAGCCACCGCAUGCAGUCCUUUCCGCGCUCACACCUCUCAUAGGCACAUCUUUGUUGUCUCAGGCUCGUUCUCUUCGCCUACUCAGCUUCUUUCUCUCCCCCCGCGUCCGACCCGUAAGAAAUUGGGACAUUCUUCUCGCCGCUCUGAAGGCCGCAACAGAACGUUUUGACGUAUCACUUCUGACUGCCUUUGAUGCUGCUGAUUCUCGUGGAGAUGAAGUGAUGAUGAGGGAGGUGGCUCAUGCCAGCUGGGAGGUUUGGCCUGGGAUUGGGGAUUGGGAAAUGGGCAAGGUAUGGGCUGAGAAGCGAGAAAUAUUGUAUGAGCAGGGUCGCUGGAAUCCACUAGCUAAUUUCACAACGGAAAAUACCCUUGACUUCACACCUAUGGAUGAAUUCAUGGCUAGCGUCAUACGUGCGCUGGAGGAACAUGGCACGAGGGCUGUUUUCGUCUUUCCGCCAGCUGCUGGAGUCCUCAUUGGGUUCGCAGAGCGUGUUGCCAACGAAGUCGUUGGUGAAUACAUAGCGCCACUGCUAACCCGCGCCAGAGAGAUAUCGAAUGCUCUCUAUCUUACUGCAGUGGCUGCCAGUUUCCGGGAAUCAUGGAGGAUUGUCGACGUUCUCACUACGGUGUCUAGUAAUUUCAACGGCAAAGGUAAAGACAAGGCAGAAGAUGUUGUAUUUAUGAUGUUUGAGCCGAACAUGGACGAAUACCUUGACGAGGAAAUAGAAUCAUUAAAACAAGCAUUCGAAGUUAUAUGCAAAGAGUGGGACAGGUCGACAUUAGCACUUGCAUCGCAUAGUACAUCCCCGAAAGCACAACAGACCCGCUUCCUUACUGCGCAGAACCCGGCUCUCAUGAAGCGCACCGUUCUAGCGUCCUUCACUGACAUGCUCCUAUUACCCGUGACCAUAGUCCCGCGUACCGUUGGUGCUGGAGUUGUAGCUGUAGGGGGAGCUGUAGGAGGAGCUGUCGGUGCCGUCGGCACAGGCAUGGUCCAAGGCAUUGCGAUGCUUAAUCCGCAGCGGUGGGUCGGUGGCACGGGAUCGGUAGACAAAGCGAAAGAGUAUGCCAGCUUCAGCUUCGGGGGCGCCGAAGGAGAGGACGCUAUUUUUGAAGUUGGCGCUGGCGAUGAAGAGGGAGGUGAUGAUGGUGUUGACGAUAGUUCGAUCUUGCCAUAUACUGCUUCGAUUGCUAGCGCAAGCACAGCUGCAACUUCCUUCGCACCUGAGGCUUCCCCUGCAUCUGCGACAAAAACGAAGCUGGCGCCAACAGAAAAUCUUGAUCUUCUUUUAUCCCUUGAUGUCGCUCUCCAGUUGAUUCACGCAGACCGUGAUGCACUCAAACGACUGGAGACUUUUGCGUCGUACCCCAGCCAGUAUGGGGCAAGGGUAAGAGAAACGAUCGAAGAAGCAUUCUGUGAGAUGCUUGGGGUACUGUGUAACAGACAUCUGGAAAAAGGUUUUGGGAUAGCAACGGAGCGGAUGAAUUCAUACAAACCAGCAGAACACGAACAAACUGUCAGUGUAGCAUCGCUGCUACAAUUCUUCGAGCUCGUCCAUAUCGGGGAUACUAUUCAAAGCAUGGUACAAGUAUUCUUUGACAAGGAGCUGGCUCCGUACAUCGACAAAACAGACUUCCUGAAUGUGGUUGUGAGAGAGAAGAAACGGUUUGAGAACACGCUCGAUGACUGCGUGGCUGCAGGGCUUAAUGCUGGAACACAGGUGCUAAUGAAUCAGGUGGAGCACAUCAUCCUGACACUGACAAAACCACGGGAAUAUUAUCCACCUGAAGAUGCUCCCCUAGAAUUGGGCUCCACUGAGGGUUGUACGGAAGCUAUACGAUGCCUGGAUACACAUUGCAAGCUUCUCAAGGACAGCACGAGCAAGGAGGUGCUCGAAGUGUUCUACCAAGAGGUCGGAAUCCGGUUACUGGCAAUACUACAGAAACAUAUCAAGCGCCAGAUCAUCUCUCUGAAUGGCGGUUUCCAAGUCAUUGCCGACCUCAAUGCCUAUUACUCGUUCAUAGCUUCUCUCAAGGUACCCAAUAUCACUGCAGAUUUCUCGCAUUUGAAGAUGUUGGGACACGUCUUUGUUGUGGAAGACGCAAAGGACCUGGCACAGAUCGUGAGAGAUGUAACAAGAUAUGGUGGAGCAUAUCGACCCGAGGAUAUCUAUGAAUUUAUUCAACGACGUGCUGAUUGGAAAAAGAUUGAAAAGACGGUAGAUAAGACGAUGUAUAACUUAAGCUUCAAGGAAGAUUGUAUUGUCUGCUGAACUCAGGGCUGGAGCGUACCAUAACUGUGCUCUUAAUGCGUUCUGAUAGACUUGGUGGAUUAGAAACUGGUACCUUUUGAAAAUGAUGCUGCUGGGCCCUGGCAGCUGAAGUACGAGAUUUGGACUCACCCCGCCGAAGUGGGGUUUGAAAAUACAUCUGUUCAAGUUAGUUGGUUGAACCUCCUGUAUAUGUGAGAGUGAUGCGGUCAGAUGGCCCUUUGAAUACCCGGCCGUACGACCGCACAGACUAAAGUGCUUCGACGGGAUUUACUCG